GCGAGAGCCGGCGUCGCCGGGGAGCCGCGCUGGCGGUGACCGAGCCCCGCUCUGCGGCCCUGCCUCUGUCCGCAGCCGGCUCGCAGCCCGGAGCGGUGCCGCCGGCCGGGCCCGCGGUGAGGACGCGUUCCCGAGCGGUAUGAGCGGCCGGAGCCCGCUGCUGGUAGCAUGAGUGCUGGCCCCCAGGUGCAGCUGGCUGUCCUCUGGCCUUGGCUGCUCAUGGCGACCCUGCAGGCAGGACUGGGCCACACCGGGCUGGCGCUGGCGGCGGCCGUGGAGUCGGAGCGGGCGGCGGCGCAGAAAGCCAUCAUCAGGGUCAUCCCGCUCAAAGUGGAGCCCAUCAUCCUGGAAGGGGAGUUCGCCAACGUCGCCGAGGUGACUCCGGCCGAAGGGAAACUGCUCCAGUCCCACCCACUAUCCCUGUGCAACACCAGCGAGGAUGAACACACAGAGUCGGGAUUCAUCACCAUCGUCAAGCUGGAGCAGCCGGACCGGGAUCCCAACCCCUGCCUGUCCCUGGCCAACAAGGCAAAGCUGGCGGGGGAGCGUGGAGCCCGUGCAAUCCUUUUUGACAUCACCGAUGAUGAAAGUGCUGCUGAUCAGCUGAGGAAGCCCAGAGGCCUGAGCCAGCCUGUGGUCCUAAUCAGGGGCCAUGAUGCUGAGCUCCUCAUGGGCGUUGUGAACAAGAACAGAGAGGCCCACGUGAAGAUAGAGGUCAAGGAGCCACCAGCUUGGCCAGACUACGAUGUGUGGAUUCUUCUCACAGUGGUCAGCACUGUGGUCGUCAUAAUUUUGAUUUUUGUUGUCCGCACAAAGUGCCAGCUGAACAGGACUCAGGACUCGGUGCAGCAGCAGACCCUGCAGGCCAUCGGGCAGCUGGCCACGCGCCGCUACCAGCCCCGGGCACGGCCGGCCCCGCGCUGGGACUCGGCCAGCAGCUGCAGCUCCGCCCCGGUCUGUGCCAUCUGCCUCGAGGAGUUCAGCGAGGGCCAGGAACUGCGGAUCAUCUCGUGCUCCCACGAGUUCCAUCGGGAGUGUGUUGACCCUUGGCUGCAGCAACACCACACGUGUCCACUUUGCAUGUUCAAUAUUCUUGCCAGAGACUCAGGGGACCAGGCCAUGGCUGCCAGCUCCAGGCUGGUCCCUCAGGACAUGGAGCCGGGGCGGCGACUCCACCUUUUCCGCCAGCAUCCAGGACAUGCCCUUUACCACCUCCCACAAGCAUAUCCUCAGAGGAACCUCAGGAGCUUUCCCCCAGAGUCAGCCCAUGGCAACCCCUUCUUCCACUCUCCAGAGCUCUCCCAGUUGGAUUUUGGCACCAUCCACUACAUGCCCUACAGACCAGCCACCUCCCUGCUGGCCUGUGGCCACGUGUCCCCGCUGGCCCCAGGCUUGCUGGGGCAGCAGCACCCCAACCCCUCUGCAUGCGGGCAGGUGCUGGCACCCCACAGGACAUGUCCCCUUCAGCCUCAGCCCCCCUGUGUGGUGCCCAAGGCAGCCGUGGCACAGAAGCAGCACCGUGCGCCCACCCUGCGCCGAGGGCUUGGCCACGGGCACCAGCACAACAGCAGUGGCUCUGGGGAGAGCUAUCUCACGGAGCACAGUGGGUACCUGGCUGACGGGCCGGGCAGCGACUCCAGCUCGGGGCCCUGCCACGGCUCCUCCAGUGACUCCAUGUUGAACUGCACGGACGUCAGCCUGCAGGGCAUCCAUGGCAGCUGCUCCACGUUCCGCAGCUCCCUCAGCAGUGACUAUGACCCCUUCGUGUACUGCAGCUCCGAGGGCCCCACCAUGGACCACGGGCAGGAGCAGCUGCGGCUGCCCAGGGACAGGCGGCCCCGGUCCUUGGACCUGAUGGUGCCCCAGGGGGCUGCUCUGGCCAAGCCCCAGGUGCUCAGCCACGUCCACUACCACCACCACCAGCACCACCACUACAGGCAGGACUCAGAGUGUCCCCCUGGGCGAGCGGGGCAGGGGCCUGGGCCACGCAAAUCCCGGUAUUCCGGGGCCAAGGUUGCCCUCCACAGUGCUCGGACACAAAAGAGAACUGAGAAAAGCCAUCACUCUCAGCAGCCUCUGGAAAGCAGUGCCGUGCUGCAGGAGGCAGCUCCAGCAGGCCAGCCAGCCUGUCCCCAGGAAGGCCAGGAGCCCCGUCACACCCCCUCCACUUCUCCAAACAGGCUGGACUUCAGUGUAGAUGCCAACAGACAAUUGGGAGCUGUCCCACUGUCCCCCAGACACAGCUUACAGAGCAGGCAUCACCGAAGGAAAAGAAAGUGUCCCCUGGAGCUGGACCCCGCUCUCCUGCCCAAGGACUUGGCCGAGCCCGGAGCCUGUGGCGCUCCCCUUCCUCCCGGCCAUCCCGCUGGCUCCCGCUGCUCUCCCGAAGCCCAGCCCCUGAUCCCAAGCGCUGCCCUGCCCAGCGGCUCCCAGCCCCUCUGGAAGUGUUUAGUGCCACAGCCCAGCUCUGAGCUGAGGAAGCAGGAGCAGAGGUUGUCAGGACGGGAGAGAAACCGCUCAGUUCCUGGGGAUGUCUCAGGGACGUGCACCCCCAGGCACAGUCUGAGUGUCCGCCUUCACUGCCCAUCUCAGCAGGGUGGUCAGGAAUCUGAAGAGGAGGUCCAGGAUGUCCAUGAACACUCAGUUUAAUAAAACACUGGCCUGUUUGCUCGCUGGGAGUUGGAGCGGACACAGAUGUUGAUGGAGCUGCUCACAUGUGGCUCUGCCCAGCCCUGCCCUGCUGAGACACAGACUGGCAAGAGCAACGGGCCACUCAUGGUCUCCUGCCAUGUCCCCACGGCCCCAGGGUGACACAGACAGAGCUGCUCCCUGGGCUGUCUGCUCUGGAGGCACAGCAGCCCCUCCUCAUCCGUGGCACCGCUCCGAGCUGGGCAGGGCUCCCGGGGAGAGCUCACCGAGUGAGUGCAAGCUGCUAUUUUGGCGUCUUCAUGCCACAGAAGGUUUUGCUAAACACUGCAAAAAUAAACAAGCCUUCAGGACCAAAAGCUGCAGAAAUUACUUUCUGUGGCCUGGUAGCUCCUGACUUCAUUUCCUCACUUAGGUCAAAAGCCAGAUUUCUUCAAUUAACUUUUCCAUGCUUAUUUCAGACACAGGAACAAGCUAUUCUCCAUCUCACCGCUCACAGGGCUGCCCUGCAAGGUGCUGCUUCUGACUUCAGUGGAAACCAAGAGCUCUCAUCACUUUUGGUCACCUCAAUGUCCCUCAGCUGACACCAUCUCGGCCACUGACUGUUUGCCAGCAGCAGGAGAGGGGAAGACACAGGGAUGUCAGCAUUUCUGGGAAGGAGCUGGGUCAGACUCUUUCCAUUGCAAAGAAUCCACCCUCUCAUCUGGCAAUGUGAACAAAGUCUCUCACUCACCCCCUAACUCCUCCACCUACUCUCAAAUAGCUGUCAUGGCCUGUUAAGAGCAUAUUUCAAACAUAUCUUAGAUGUUCCCAUCACAGGAGUCAUACAAAAUCCUGGAGUUCAUGUGGUUCCUGCUUCUCUCCUUCCUCUCCUUACCCAAGACACAGCAAAAAUUCCCAGGAAAAGCCUCCAUAGCAGAUGCAGAGCAGAGCCCUAUCCAUCACCCAGCCUUAACUUCAUAUUCUGAGACUCCUGAAAUCCUUCAAAAGGAUUUUUCUGUCUUUUCCAACAUUUUGAUGAUGCAGGGAUAAAACUUGAG